UUCGCGCGAUUUUCAUCAAACGGAAUGGCUGCUCUUGCUAGUUGAUCAGUUACGUGCCGCGUAGGCAGCUGCGGUUUGCGCGCCUUUUUUUCUAACCCACCCGCCGAUCGGUGUGAACCGGAGGCGCCAACAUGAAUCGGGGUGCAAACGCCGGGCACACAGUGACUACGAGGUCAGCCUUAAGGGAAAUCACUAGAAGCGCUUAUGGUUCACCACCUUCGGUUGGCAACAUGGUACACUUUAGUUCUCCGUCCCCGUCUACAUCACCUGAUGAAGAAGUUGUCCGCAAGCGUGGAAGGCGAAUCAUACCACCAGGAAACCAGUUUGCUCUUACUCCCCCUCGCACACCUACAAAGCGUCAGCAGUCUCCAAAAGACAGCUCCAACUCGGAGCACACCCAAACACCCAGCAAGUCACAGCUGAUGAUGAGCCCUGUUCGAAGCUCUCCUAGAAAGCGUCUACUCCUUCCUGCCGAUAUUUCAGAUGCAGUCAAUGCAUCACCUUCAAAAAAGCUGGUCUCACCUGUGAAACGCCUGAGGCUCCAGUCACGUGAAGCUGAAGCAGAAACUGAAGUAGCCUUGACAGCCUUAACCAGGCCUCAGUUAAUAGCCUUACUGAAGGACACUAUGGCCCACAGCGCAGCAGCUAAACAGAUCAUUCAGGAGCUUCUGCCCAAGCCCGACCUUGCCCACUCAAUGCAGAAGUUAGAGAAGCUACUGCACCAAAUCUACAGAGCCUUCCCUCAGAAGCACUGGGGCAACAGCCGUGAUGCUUUCUGCUUCCGCAGAGUACAGAUCCCCAUCGAGACCUUCAAGCACAAGUGUCUGCAGCGUGGCCAGCAGUUGUGCCAGGCUGAGCAGUGGAGCUCCCUGCUGGAAUAUGCACAGCAGGCAUGGAAUUUCGUGUGCAAAAUGCCAGAUUGGCAAGACAACAGUCACAACAAGGCCAAGCUGGUAUGCCUACGAACCCUCGCCGCACACUGCUCGACAGCACUGAAGAAAGUGUCCCUGGACCAGCGGCAGCUGCAGACGCUGAUUGCCAGGUUGAAAGAGAUGAAGAAUGACAGCCCCUGCAUCACAUCCCCGCUCAAACUGGCCGAAGCGCAGCUCGAGCAGUGCCUUCAGUGAUGGUGGCGACAAGCCGAUAAAGAAAUGCAGACAACUCUUUUAUGCUGGUUUUAACUUUUAUUGUCAUCAAUAUCAUUGUUUCUCUCUUUUACUUAUAUACACAAUAAAAAUCGUGGGCCUUUUUUGGUCA